GCACGUAGCAUGAUGUUAAUUCUAAUCGACGCUUGUUGUUGUUAAUGUUUCUACUCAUACGCUACUUCUAAAAUGAUUUUUAAAUUAAAAUAUCAGUAUCAUUUGAGUUUUAAUUAAUAAAUAUGAUAUUCGGAUGCUAUGUUCGUUUUCGAAAAUAAGGGUGGAGCUAGCUUCGUAUAGGCUGUAAACAACUUGGGUUCAUUGGGCAUUGGGCUGCCGAUUUGAAGCUUGUGAAGUGAUAAUACCAAAGUAGUAUUUGAAGCCAGUGGGUACAGUUUGUUGCUAUAAUGGUGUCUUGUCUAGGAGAACUGUUUAUAUGGACUUUAAAGAAUCAAACCAUAAUACCAGAUGAUGACAUAGGUUGCCAUACAUAUCACGAUAAAGCAGAAACAGUAUCCAAUAUUGAACAACCGUAUUAUGAUGAAAAGCGCCAGUAUACUGAAGACAGAGAUAUUACAUGGACCCCAAAGAACAGAAGACCUGACAGGUUAAGAGAUAGUUUAAAGGAACUAGAGGAGCUAUUAGCCGUUAAUAGAUGCAUAUGCUGUAAGUGGAGAAGUCAGAGACUAUUGAGUGUGAUCCUUAGCAAUGGGGCUGUUGUUUUGUUGGUGCUUAGUACUAGUUCUGGGGAUGUGGAGAAAAUCUUCAUCGACAAAUCCUUGGUGGGGAAACUAAGCUCAGAGACAGUGACUGACGCUCUGUUAACUGACAAUUGUAUGAUAGCAUCAUACAUGGAAAAAUCAAAGCUUGACUAUGUGUAUUUUAGCAAGAAAAUACCAUCAGGCGACCCUCUCAAAAAAUUUGAGAAGUUGUCUGCUUCUGAACCAAAGAUUAGCCAGGUUGACUUGCCAGGCCCAGUGGGAAGACGCCUGGAAAGAAGAAUCUCAUGCAAUACAAAUCAAGAUCUGGUGGUGUUGUGGUGGCCGACAGCUAGUGAGGAGGCCUGGCCCUGGUCCCCUAUGACCAGUGACAGAGACAGGGCCAACUUGGUGGUCCUUGCUAUUAAUGGCCCUCGAUUGGAUAUCCUGUGUUACACAAGAACAGAAUGUGAUCCACUGAAUAUUACAUUUAGUGGUCACCAUCCAUUUAAGAUAUUUACCAUAGAGCAAGCCCCCUCAUCAGGAGGAGAUAUGUCGAUAGAACACUGUACUUAUGAAAUUACCAAGAACAAGAUUCACAAAACAGCACCUGUGACAACCAUUCCAUUGAAAAAUGGUGUUAUAUCUUAUGGCCAAAACCAUGCAGAAGACAAGUUACUAUUGGGAUGUGGUGAUGGAAGCAUAGUUUUAUUUGAUGAAAAAAGAAGAAUCACACAAUUUGCAAAAGCGAGUGUGAAACCAUCAAUUUUAGCCUGGCAUCCCAGUGGAACCCUUGUAUUUGCAGCCAGCUCAAGGGGAGAAAUUCAGGUGUUUGAUCAGGCCUUGAAUCCAUUGCUGGUACAGCUAGUUUCAGAGGAGAUCAACCCAGUAAAAGUUUUGGAGAUUGGAUCAUAUUUCAGCCCCAGGAAACGGCCUGGUAACAGAUCUCCCCCUGUGUUGAAGAGGAUGGACUGGUGCCCUAACUCAUCUGAGAUUACCACAGAGUCAACUACAAGUAGCUUGUUCAUGGUGUUUGAUAGAGGCCCACUAGCUGUGUUUCAAUUACAUUUAGGCAUGAGCUGCCCUGCAUCCCUCACAUCAACACAGCUGCUGAAUCAGUAUAUUAAACACAGGCAAAUUGAUGAGGCUGUGAAUCUGCUGGGUAGUCUGGACUGGAACAGCGAAGGGCAGACAUGUCUAACUUGCCUUCAAGCUUUGUUCGAUCAUCUUCUCAGAAUGCCUCUGAAUCAACAGAGAGAAGCUCAGUUAGAAACUGCCCUAGGUAGUUUCUAUGCCCCCGCCAGGCCUCUGACAGAAGCUGCAGUGCUGGAAUACAGGGACCCAAUCAGUAGAUAUGCAAGGAGAUUCUUUCAUCAUUUACUAAGGUACACCAGGUUUGAGAAAGCAUUCUUGCUGGCUGUUGAUAUUGGUGCCAGGGAUCUGUUCAUGGACAUACAUUAUUUGGCGUCAGACAAGGGAGAGAUAGCCCUAGCAGAGGUAGCAAAAAAGAAAGCAGACCAAAUUGAAGUGGAGUCUAUAGGGACUGGAACAGGAACAGACACAGCGGAGUCUGUGGAGGAGGAGGACUUAUCAGGGCCAGAAAAUGACUUCCAACACCAAGAGAGAGCUGGGUAUAUUACCAGCUUAAUGGAAAGAGAACAGAGACAACAAAGAAGUGUCCAGCAAGGACAUCACACUGUCCAAGAUCACAGGGCAUAUUACAGUGAAACUGCCAACAGUAUUCCAGCAUAUAGCUAUGAAAAUGAUCCAGUUUUGAAUUCUGAGAUGUACAGAGAGUAUGCCUCGGCUUUCAUGGAUCCACAAGAUCACAUCUCAGAAGAAGAAGAAAAUGUGGAUGGUGAUGCCACUGCCAGCACAGUGAAAGUCAUCCAUUUUGGCUUAGUGUAAGAACGUGAAGAUGUAGCCUAAAUAAAAUGACUAUUUUCAAGGGACCAAAAACUAAGCUUAGGAAAAUACAGAGGGCCAAGUUUUAAUGAACAUAAAACUGGUACAUCCUAAAAAAUAACAUCAUAGAACUUUCUAUGAUAGCAUAUAUUGUGAAGGUCAGAGGGAUUAAAUUUACUGUCAUUGGUCUGUAGGAAAGAAAUCAAUUCAGAUAUUAUUUGAUAUCAGUAUGAUAUAUUACUGACAUGAUUCAGUCUUUUUUUUUUUUUUAUUAGAACACAUUUCAUGGUUACGUGAUCAACGUGUUUGCUAUAACAUUGAUGUAGCACAAGAAUUUUAGAUCGCCUCUGGUCUUGAUCAGUAUUUCAGUUCUGGAUGAAGGAUGUAGAAAUGUUACAUGACUAUUACAAUUUUAUAAUAAAAUAACGUUUGUAUCAUUUCAUUAUAUUUCAAUUAUAUCAGUAACUGGUUCUGAUUUAUAAUUACUCUGAAAAGAUUAAACUUUUUUAAAGUUGAAAAGGUUAAGGCUGGUGUAUGUAAUCUAUGCAUAACCUCAGAACAUGUCAAAAUGUUCUUAUCGGCCAAAAUUUUAAUUAAUUGUGUACAAAAGAUCUUUUUGGAUAAACAAGUGUUACAGUCUUACAAACUGUUUAUUUCAAAUAAAUUUCAUUUUUUGUACUUAUUUAAAACAAAACUUACAAUAUGUACUACUGUUCUACACAUUCAAAGCACAAUAGUGAUUUUCAACAACAUGAAUUGGGGGGUGGAUUGAGGCCAUCUUUUGGGUCUUCCAUAAGACAGGUUUUCAAGUUCACAUCGAUGGGUAUCUAAUGUUAUUCUUUCAGAAGAUGGUCAAAAUUGGAGGUAGAAAGUUUG